AGAACACAGUUUUUACUUCUGUUAGGAAUAAAAUACAUGCGACGUCAGGCUCGGAUCUCAGCCGGCGGCACGCUUGUUGCGCGUUCCGCCUCUGCUUUACAAGUUUGGUUGUGGCUGCUGCUUUUUGUAUUUCAAAAUGAAUUUCGGAUAUCAAGGUCCAUUCAACCAGGGUAUUUGGACUUCGAUAACCUUCCCGAAACUAACUUCACGUGUGCGGGGAAGGUGAUCGGCGGUUAUUAUGCGGACCUUGAAACCUCCUGCCAGAUGUUCCACGUAUGCACGGUAGGACAACAGGACGAACCUAUGGACAUCAAAUUCCUCUGUCUUAAUGGGACCGUUUUUGACCAGGAAACACGAGUAUGCGAAAGAGUAGACGAAGUAGACUGCACUAAGUCUGAAAAAUUUUAUAGUCUAAAUUUAGAAUUAUAUGGAAGUACAGCACCACCAAUUAUACAACCAGAUCAAACAAAACCUCAAGUAAAACCAACAGAUCAAUCACAACCACAAAAUAAACCCAGUACUACAACAGAUUCCUUUGCCAAUGACUCAUCUACAACUCCUGAAAAAGUUUUAAAUCUAUCGUUAGAUGUUGUUGAUUCUACUGAAGAUCCCAUUCAAGAAAUAAAGAGAGAUGAAACUAGAAAUUCUUCAGCAAACCUUGUCCCAUCCAAGCAACAGGAAGUGAUCAAUGAAGAAUACGACGAAGAGGAAGAGGCAAUUGAUGAAGAAAAUUCUGAUUAUGAAGAUGAAUAUUCUCACCCUGUAACAACAACAAUAGUUCAGAGCGUUACGACAACAUCCACAACAACAAAGAAACCCUUCUCGAGUACCGUAAUGUCGCCCCCAACAACUCGACAAACAGCUGCGCCACAUUUAAUAUCAUCUCCAACUCCAUCAAUAUCAUCACUGCCACCUAUUCAUUCUUCUUUUGCACCAUCUGGGGCUACAUCGUCAACCUUGGAUCCUUCUUUAUUGUCACCUCAAGAAUUCAUAUAUCGACAUCGAAGUCCAGGGUCUGAAGCUAUUUCUUUUCAACGCCAAAGUUUCCGGCCUGCUGAUGGAGUUUAUAUAACUCAUGCGCCACCCCAACAAUACGAUCAUUUCCAGUAUGAAUCUUCAAGAACUGCGCCGAGACCUGCUCAUCGUCCAGUGCCAUUCGUUCAACGUCCUCAACCCACUCCGUUCCGUUCGACUACUCAUGACCCACGAGAUCAACUUCUUCGUCCAGGACUUAGUACACAGUCAUCAGAAAAAUUAGAAACAUCUGUCAAACAUCGACCGCAGUCUUUUCCACAACAUUUACCACCUCAGCAACCUUUACCUUUUAAUCCAUUCUAUUACGAUCGAAAACGUAGUGAUGACAUAAGUCCAGAGAAUGAAUCAUCGUUAUCAGCAAGAUCUGUAGCACCACCAAACGUUACAGAACGCCCCUUACCGAAACCAAAAAACCCCCCUCGUGUCAUAGUAACAGCUAGCGCAUCUGUAAGUGAUAGCAAUGGUAAAAGAUUAAAUUAUACUGUUGGACAUGUGGUUAACGCUGUUAAGCCGAUAGUUCCAAUAAACUAUGAUGACUAUAAGGAAUCAGAUCUUAUAUUUGAUCCAUUUUUUCUCGAUGUGCCAAAACUUCAAACGCGACGAAAAACUAGAUCUAGUAAUUAUAAAAAGAUUGUGACUGUUCCUAUAUCCGUCACUGUUGCAGGAAAUACUUUGUCUAAAAAAACUUUGACCACUUUUUUACCAGUAGUAUCACAUGCAACUACCACAAAAGUUUCAUCUACUACCCAUACAUCAACAACAACUGCUGCUUGGAAUCCUGAAGACUAUGUUGACGAUAAUUAUGAACCUCAUGCAUAUAUACCACCUGUACCUCCGUUAGCAGUUUUGAUGACUCGCGAUCAGAUAAAAUUUAUAAAACAAGACAGAUCAUCACUGAACGAUUUAACAAAAAAUAAAAUCAAAGAGGUUAAUUCAGAAGACAUUCAUAAGGAACAGCCCAUAUUGACGUCUGUAGCGCAUAAAAUCUCUAGUCAAGGUGUAGGUACUGAGGCUACAGUUCCCGUCACCUCACCGACUCCUAUCGAGGCGCCCGCCUGCAUUACUUCGCGUUCUACUGACUGUCGGAUUCGUCCCUAAUAUUUAGCUGACUUAAUUAAUAGAUAAAUAAUUGAAUAUUUAAGUAAAUAGUUAAAUUUAAUAAAUACAGAUGAAAUUAUGUCACACUGGUUAUAAUUAUAUUAAUGUCGCUAUUAAAUAUAUAGCGAACAAAAUGUAUAAUAUUUUAACUGAAUUACGAAUAUAGAUGUAAAAUAUGAAACCCGUUAUUUUUUGAUUUUUAAAAUAUUUUGAUAAUAAAUAUUUAUCAAUGUACCUACGAACAACACAUACUUUGUUUGAACUGUUGCAAAAUUUACAUAUAUAUAUAUUUGAAGUCUUGUAAAUAUGUAUUUUAAAAUAAACUAUAAGUUUUUAAUGAA